CUCUUUCUUAUAUUUGAUUCAAGGACUUGGUAACGGGGAACAAACAUAACCUUUUCUUUUUACGAUUUGUGAGAGAACGUAAUUCGUAAAGGAAGUAAUCAUGUCUAUCAGACCAAACUAUAGGCCGACGAUUGUCAAAAAGAGGACAAAAAAGUUCAUUAGGCAUCAAAGUGACCGAUAUGAUAAAUUGAAGCGUAACUGGCGUAAACCCAAGGGUAUUGAUAACAGAGUUCGUAGGCGUUUUAAGGGCCAAUAUUUAAUGCCCAAUAUUGGUUACGGAAGCAACAAGAAGACUCGUCAUAUGCUUCCAACAGGUUUUCGUAAAGUUCUUGUACAUAAUGUCAAGGAGUUAGAAGUACUGAUGAUGCAAAAUCGCAAAUUCUGUGCUGAAAUUGCCCAUGCUGUUAGCAGUAAAAAACGCAAGGCUAUUGUCGAACGUGCCCAACAACUUUCGAUUCGUGUCACGAAUGCCAACGCACGCCUGCGUUCUGAAGAAAAUGAAUAAAUAUUUUUAACUCUUAAUAAAAUAAGAUCUUUUCGCUAUGUACUCGUAUAUCAAUCAAUUACCCUGUUUAACUCUAAACAUACGUUUUUAUAUAAGGAACUAAAGAAAGACAAUAUUACAUACAGCUAUGUAUAAACAAAAUUUUGCAAUCUUUUAAUAUAUUGUUUUCAUAUGA